GCCAAACAAUGGCCGCCCACAGUAGCCUUGGAGUUUUUGGUUGUGGAUGUUGACAAAUUCUCUGUUUUUGUCACUUUUGCGAGGAGAUUCCUAGGGAAUUCUGCCUGUCGGUCUUUGUGAGGGAUUCCUAGCAUUCGGCAAGCAUGUUCCAUCCAUCCAACAGCAGCGCGACCCUCCGCCAGUCCAAGCCCAUGCCGAAGUGGCUGUGGCUCUGCAUCUCCAAGUCCCUGGGCAUUAAGACCCAUCCGCAGGACAAGCCCAUCUUGGCUACGGCUCUCUACAUCUUCACACUGGCCUGCACUAUGACGUACUUCGUCACGUGCACCUGGUAUGUCGUCUACGACAUUGAAGCCACCACAACCAAGUACGACGUCCUUAACGGCUCGGUGACGGUCAUCAUGGCGGCCGGCUUUUGCUGCGUCACGGUCUACGCCAACCUCCUAGCCUUCAAGCUCUUCACCAACUCGGUCUUCCGCCAGAGCCUGCGACUUCACUCCAAGACCAUCCUCAAGGUCAAUGCUUCCCUCUUGCUAGUGGUUCUCAGUCUUCUAUUCAUUGGUAUAUACGCCUACAUCUCGUACUGUUCGGAGUCCGGAGCCGAACCGUGCGAGAGUGUGAACCUUAGUCCCAUCAUAUGCUACAUUCGCUUCCCCAGUCAAACGGUGCUGUCUGUUAUAUCUUUCAUCUGGAACCUCAUGGUGGCCGUGGUGUGUAUGUCUGUUUGCCGGACUCACACUAUCAGCAUCCGUCAUUUCUUGCUUGAGCUAGACGACGAUGCCAUGAUCUAUGAGAUGCAGAACCGACACAGUGCGAUUCCAAUCACGAUGUCAGACGGGGCGUCGGUCCAAGAGAGGCAAUUGGAGGAAUCCGUCGGGGGUGACGACACCCGAUUGGACAUCAAAGAAGAUCUGGAUGUGCGCAGAAUCGAAGCGGCCUGGGAUAGGAGUGAGUUUGAGAGGAGGCAGCAUCGCGUCUCGUCUUGUCUGACCGAAGGACACGCGGCGUUAGCCGAUGGAGACGGUCUAGAGCAGGAACUGCCAGACACUGCAGCUGACCAUGCUGACAGGGGGCCAGGAACCACAAGGGGAGUUGUGCCGCGCCAGAGGGAGUCUGUCACAUCAGCUUUUGUCCACACUGGAGCCGUGAAACUACUCACAAAGGCUGAAAUUCUGGACCGCUACUGGAGGCUGCAGUGUCGUCUGAACACGACCUCUGCCAUCCUCCAGCGCUGGAUCACGUGCUGGAUCAUCCUGAUCCUAUUAUGGAGUCUCUAUUACCUCAUGUACUGGAUUGACCACGACGCCAGCAUCUUAGACAUGAUCAUCUUCUUCAUACCGCUGUUCCUCUUGCCGCUGCUGUGCUCUGGACCGAUAGAGGUCAACGGGGAAGGGGAGCGAGUUGCCAAGAUGAUUUGCCCAACACACGAACGUAUGGAGGUCAUCAUGUUCAUCCGACAGGCCCCACUUUCCUUCACUAUCUAUGGAUUUGUGCUGAACUACUCCACCAUCGUCACCGCCAUUCUGGCCAUCGCGGUUGCCUUUGGAACCAAAAUCAUCGUUGGGAACUUAAGCGGUGAAGGACUACCGAUCAUCAGUACGGUAGCACCUCAUCAGGUAGUGUAACUCCAAGCACUUGAUCAGUGACUGAAUUCCAUGGUUCAUUUCAACUAACAACUAACACUUACUACACCACAUGCGGGGGAGUGUGUCUAGUGGUUUGGGUUUGUGACU